UACACCGUGCCGAGUCCAAAUGUCAAAUGCUAAAACACUCUGACUUUCAACUUUAGCUGAUAUCAUUAUGGAUGCUAAGCUACACAUUGCUUUACCGUACUUCGUUGAGAUUUUCGAAAUGAAAAUAUAAUUUAUUGAGUUUAUUGAGGUAAUCCUACCAUCUCGUUAAAAUGGACGUUAAAGGAAAGGUUAUUAAAUUGUUCAAUGCAGAAUUUGGCUCCUCUUUAAAUAAUUUGAAGAAUCUUGAUUACUUUCAAGCAAAACUUGACAGUAAGAAAAGUGAUGUUGAAGAAUGUUUGUCUCUUGCCUCUUCAAAAGCACCUUCUAGAAUACAAGCAGCUGUUGAAGAUGUUAACAAAAUUGUGAAGCAAACUGAUGAAAUCAAAGAACAGAGUGAAAAUAUUUGUAGUCUCAUAGAAAAAUGCUUACAACAAGAGAAUAAAACAGAUGAAUUGCAGACUCUCAUUGAUGACAUUUCUUAUCUUGAAAAGUCAGCUUUUUACAUGCAGUUCAUUGAAUGUAUAGAAGGUGUAAGUGCAGAUUUAGAAUCAUCUCUAUGCUCAAACAUUGAUGAAGCUUGUAUAGCUUCUUAUGUUUAUUUAAAAGAUACUUACACAAAAAUUGAGCUCACUUUGUGUACUAAUUUGAAAAGUUAUAUGCGAGAUACUGUACAAUAUUGGUUUGAUCAAAUUGAGAAAAAACUAACAAUAGAAUAUAAUGAAAUUUUAAAGAUUUUAAAGUGGCCGUUUUGUGGAAAUAAUUCUGGUGCUCAAUUUACUCAUAGUUCAACAACAUUAACAGAAUUCAAAAUAGUUACUGAACAUUUAUUCUAUCUACAACUACCAGACAGUCUGGUUAUAAAAUCUACUACAGGUUUGGAAAGUCACUUUCCUCAAGUAUGUUUACCAGUUACAUUACUUGUUCAACCAUUUAUAACAAGAUUUAGGUAUCAUUUUCAAUGUACAAAACAAACCAAUAGAAGAGACAAACCUGAGUGGUAUUUUACUCAAUUAUUAGCUUGGUUGAGGGAUCAUAUUGAUUGGAUUGAAAAAAUGGUUCAACCAGUAGCUAAUGGUACUAAUCUGAAAAAGACUGAUGUAAAGGUUGAAUUCAUAAGGUCAUUAGCUAAAUUAGCUGUGAAUAAAUUAUAUUCUGAGAUGGAUUCUAUUCUAUAUGAUGAUAAGUUGUUUGCUCACACUGUUGAUGAGGCUAUCAAUUUUGAAAAUGAACUUAGAAGCAUUUAUCAGUAUCCGUCAUCAGAGCAUGCUACUGUUCUUGUGCUUAGUCAACCUCAGUUUUUAUCUAAAUGGUUAGCUAUUGAAAGGAAAUGUGCUACAGAAAAAAUGGAUAUGAUUUUCAGUUCUCCCAAUGCUUGGGUAAAAGUAGUAGGCUUUGAAGAAGAUUCAAAAAUAACUGAAUGUGCUGAAAAAUUUUUACUGCUUUUAAGAAGUAUUUCUGACAGAUAUAAUAAAUUACCUCAGCUAAGUCACAGAUGCCAAUUCCUAGAUUUGCAGCUGGAGUUGAUCGAUGAUUGGAGAGUAAGAAUUCUUCAACUAUUACAUGAACAUUUUCAAGAUCCUCUUCAAUCAUUUGUGCCCUCCAUUCUAAACACAGUGCAUUAUGUUACUAAAGUACUUGAAGACUGGGGUGCUACUCAUCUAUAUAUGGAAUUACAAGAUUAUAAAGUACAAGCACUGGAGUCAGCAAAUAAUGAAUUGGAAAAUGAUUUCUCUGAAUAUCUAAUGAAAGAUAUUGAUGUUAGUAUUACAGUUUUUGAUGGAGCUGUAAGUCUAUUGCAACGUUUACACAAAAAAUUGAUGAAAGAAAUUAUCGAUACAGCAAUUACAAGUAUCAAAAUAAAAAGUAAACCAUACUUUAAUGAAAAGUGGUUUACUAUGCCUGGGGAAAAAGAAAUAGCAUUUUUUUCAAUUACACCUACUGGUCAACCGAUGUUUCAAGAAAUUUAUAAUAAAUUGCAUAUCAUGGAUGAAGUUCUGGCAAAAGAGUUAUUCAAACAAGCCUGGAAAGAUUUUGCUAUGCAAUUGGAUCAAUUCAUUUUAGAUGAAUUACUUCUUCGAAAUCAAUUUAACUCAGGCGGCGCCUCACAGUUAACAUUUGAUAUCAAGAAAAGUUUGUAUCCAUCUUUUGGUUUAUAUACAAGUAAACCUGAAAUUCUAUUUCCUUUGAUUUCAGAAUCCUGCUCACUGCUAAAUAUGCUGCUUGGUUCAGCUAUGCUUUUACUGGAAGCUUUAGAAACCGAAGAAGAAAAUGUAGCGAAAGAAGUUUUAGCGGAUGUCAGUAUUUACGAACUCUCACCGCCACUAGCUAUUAAAAUUCUAAAACAUAGAAUGGAUAUAAGUUCUAGAUGACGAAGGUUUAAACCGUUAGAAUUUGAUUAAAAAAGUGUUAUAUUAAAUUUAUAGAAACUUUAAUAUCUUGUCG